AUGACGGAAGGUGAACAUUGUUGUUUUUACCUUCAUCCACUAUUAAAACCUUUUUUCUGUCGCAGCUUCAAAAACUAUGAAGUAAGAUUAAACAAAUCUGUCAAUAACUCUCUCAAGAGACCAGAUUUUAGUUGCAGAAUUGACAAUAUCACCAUAUUAAACUCUGAAAUAAAACCAAGUGGCUAUACUCCAUUCCAGAAAAACAAAGACUUUGUUAAAAUUAAUACACGAGCAAAACAUUCGAUCAACCAAUUAUUAAGCAAGAAAGGUGGACCAAACUAUACAAUGUUCCUUUCAAACAUGGGUGACAAAAUUGAUUCAUUCUUUAUGACUCUUAAUCACGAUGGAAUCUAUCAAGCGUGGCCAUGGCUAAAUACUAAAUUAGUCAUGGACAGAUCUUCUUUUCCAUUAAUGGUAUUAUGCAUGCAUCAUUUCUCAAAAUUAGAGGAAGAAAUACAAAUAAUAGCAAACGAUUAUGAAAGCAGGCCCAUUUAUUUCACGCCUACUGCACUAAAUAAAUAUAUCAGGGAGGAACCAACUCUACCUCAAUUGGACAAUUUAUUAAAAAAUAUUUAUUUAUAUUAA